GAAGGGUCUGACCGGAAGUUGUGUAUACCGUUCAGUCAGACACCGCUGGUGUCUGCUCUUUGCCACGUUUCACUAAUGACGUGAUCCCUCCCGGUGACAGCUCUAUUGCGGUAACGACACACAGACAGUUGGUUACCGUUCCAUGUACGGCUGUACACCGAGUUAAAAGCCCCAGACAUACAAGGCAUCUUAAAACCACCUGACGGAUCUGUGAUAUUCAGUACUCGGCUCAUCAGCUGGCUGAUGGUAGCUGUUUCCUGGUUGGAGCCAUUUUGGAUUUUUAACAAGAAACAACUAGCCGGCUGUGUUUCUGGAGCAGUGUGAGCUAGCUGUUUAUCUGCAGACAGGGAUACACUAUACACCGCAUCCACAAUGAAUCCCGAAUAUGACUAUUUAUUUAAGCUGCUCCUGAUUGGUGACUCUGGUGUUGGAAAGUCUUGCCUUCUUCUUCGAUUUGCAGAUGACACAUACACAGAGAGUUACAUUAGCACUAUUGGUGUGGACUUCAAAAUACGAACCAUAGAACUAGAUGGAAAGACCAUUAAACUUCAGAUUUGGGACACGGCGGGUCAGGAAAGGUUUCGCACCAUUACCUCCAGCUACUACAGAGGGGCUCAUGGGAUCAUCGUAGUGUACGAUGUCACAGACCAGGAGUCCUUCAACAACGUCAAACAGUGGCUGCAGGAGAUCGAUCGCUAUGCCAGUGAAAAUGUCAACAAGCUAUUGGUGGGGAAUAAGUGUGACCUGACGACAAAGAAGGUGGUGGACUACACAACAGCCAAGGAGUUUGCAGACUCUUUGGGCAUCCCCUUUUUGGAAACUAGCGCCAAGAACGCCACCAAUGUGGAGCAGGCCUUCAUGACCAUGGCUGCUGAAAUCAAGAAGAGGAUGGGCCCCGGGGCCACAGCCGGAGGAGGGGACAAACCAAACGUAAAGCUUACCCCCGGCACUACUGUCAAACCAUCGUCAGGAGGAUGCUGCUGAGCUCUGCCCCCCCCCCCCCCCUUUGUCCUCCUUUAUCUGCAGGCCUGUCAGACGGUCUGCCAUGUCCUCAAACUCCACUGUGUCCCCCCCCUCCAAUAGACAGGACAGGGACGAUUGACAUGUCUCUGUGAGCAGAACAAGAUUUUCCCAUAUUUGUACUGUACAUAGUAGAGCCGCACUACCAAAAAUAAAUAAAGCAUCAUUCUUAUUGUCACGCUGUCCUGUCUAACCCCCCUGCUCAGAGACUACUUUUUUGUUUGGCCCCCUUCAUGCAGGCUUAUGAGAACAGUGUGUUUAUCUGCAUUCCUCAUACGGAUGAUAAUGAAUCACUUUGCUGAUUGGCUUUCUUUUUUUUUUCUAUGAUUAUGUUGCUGUGUCUAUCUUGUGUCCUUCAGUCUGCACAGCAGCGUCUCACUGUCCACCAUCUGAAGUCUAGUGCAGCAGUGUGUGUGUGUACAUAUAUGUCUGUAUACAUAUGUAUUUGCUCUGAUUUGUUAGUUUGUAGCUCAACUUUUAACUCUUCAACUGAAAUAAAUAUUGUACUACCAAACUGUAUGAAAUGUGA